UCCGUGUGGAGUCUUUUGCUAGUUUUACUUCCAUCGGACGCGUCCCCAGGUGGCGGAUAGGGGCGGCAUGAUGUAAAAUAUAGUGUCCCACUUGGCAAGAUUUAAUAUAUCUCGCAAUUGGGAACCUUUAUUUUACAUCAAGUCUUAGAGGUCUAAGAACCUCUCGCGGACCAAAUAAAACUAGCUAGGGUGGUACCCAAAAAACGCCAAUUAUGGAAAGUAAUUUAAAUGAAGAAAAAGUUACGGUGCAGAGCCUAAUAAACUCAGUACCGGCGGCUAGUGGUGGUGAGCAAACAGGCCCCCAGUCGUCGUCAUCCAGCGACUGUACGCAACCAAUUUCGGAGGUGGGCAACUUGGCUUCCGUUAUUGAGAAUGUGUCAAGAAGUAAUGAAAAUGAAGAGAUUGUUUCGACAGGUCAGGAAACUGAUACGUAUAACUCCUUAAACAAUGAAACAGAAACAGCGGAAAUUUCUUUACAAUCAGAGACAAAUAAGAAGGAUAGAGAAUCCCCGCUCUUAGUUGAAAACAAUGAAACUCACACUACUAAUGUGGUAAAUGAAACAGAAGAUAGUAAAGAAAAUAUAGAAGAGAGUUCAUCACAACACGAACCAAACGAGAACGAUGAAGAAUCUGUUGCCAGCAAUCUUAUACAGCUUGAGGACACUGCUAACAGUAUGAAUGUGGCAGUUGGAAUGGAAGACAGUAUGGAAAGUAUUACGCAUUCUCAACCAGACAUAAAUAGUGAAAAAAUGAUAACAAACAGCUCUACACAGAUUAAGGAUACAGCUAAAAAACGACUUUCCGGUGCCCAACGUAGGAAGCUGAAAAAAAUGGCCAUGAAGCGACAGAAAAGACAAGCCGCUCAAGCAAUCAAUAAUAAUAAUAAUAUGAAUGACUCAAUUAGUAUGGAUGACAACACAAAAUCUAUCAAGGAAAACACUUUGCAGCCAGAGGCAAACAAGAAUGAUAAAGAAUCACAGUCCUAUAACCCAAUAUACAAUAAGGCUAAAUCCCCGUUAUUAGCUCAAACCAUAACAAAUGAAACAAUUACUGUUGAUGAUAAUAAAGAAAGUAUCAAUGAAAGCUCAUUACAAGCCCAACCAAACGAGAACAGUGAAGAAUCCGUAACCAACAAGGAUAACACACAGGUAUGGAUAAACUCAAGUAGAUAACAAUACAGACACAAUUAAAAGAAGACUUUCCGGUGCACAACGUAGGAAGUUGAGAAAGUUGGAAAUGAUGCAACGUGAAAGACCACAGGAUAGUCAAUCACAUCUACAACGUACGACUAUAUCUUCGGAAAUGGAUUCCAGAAGACUCAUUCACAUACAAUAUGCCACAAUGAAGGAAUCAAAAAUUACACAUCCAAAAGUAGUUGUUGGUUUUUUCCCCAACUCUCUCGAUGAUACGAAUGACAAAAUUCUCUCCUUUAUACAAUGGCAAAAUGAAGGACUCUCUGUGUUUGCAUGGAAAUUGCUGCGCAGAACAUCCAGAAACUCCACUAUAAUGUUGACACUUUUAAUUGACAAAAUGUCUGCUGUCAAACUGGAAGAAGUGAAGGGUGAAAUUUUCUAUAAAUUUCGUCAAAUAAAACUGCAUAUGAGAGAUUACGAAGAAAAAAGGGAUUACGCAACAAAUAGUACUGAAAGUAUGUCGAAGCAGGCACCACCAGCCAAAAUGUCAAGAAUUAAUCAAUAAAUAACCUAACCUGCUACCAAAUCUUAAUUUUCUAAAACAACUUAAGCCAUUAACAGGAGUUUGAUCAUGUAACUUCAUUAAUUGAGCCGACUUUAAAAACUGAAUUUUUCAAUUAUUCAUAGCAUAGCCUAUUGUGUUCAGAAGCUACAAUAUUACUGAAUUAAAAAAGUUCCCACAGAAGUAUACAUCAACCAAUUAAACAUACUGCAGCUCCCAAUCCUCGCUAUAUCGUGAGCAUCUUGGCUAAAAAUUAUGAAACCGUAUAAUUAUAUUAGACGUUUAAUGGAUAAAGUCGGAUAUGGUAAUAAUACUACAAAACUGGUUGGGAAAAUGCUAAAAAAUUGAACUAUAGAGAACAUAAAACUAUUACAAGUGUGUCAACCCAUUUUAAUUACUAAUCUGUGUAUUAGAAUUAAGAAACAAAACAUGAAUACUUAUAUUUAAAAUGAAUUAAAAAUAAAUUUUGUAAAAAUAAA